AUGGCGGCUCCUUGGGGCGAGUACUUCAGCAAUGGGAGCCAGGUUUUGUGCCAGAUGUGCCAGGAGCAGCGGUUGCAGGGCGAGGUGGUAGCCUUCGACUACCAGUCCAAAAUGCUGGCUUUAAAAUGUCCCUCUUCCAGCGGAAAGCCCAACCACACAGACAUCUUGCUCAUAAACUUACAGUAUGUUUCAGAAGUGGAAAUUAUGAACGACUGCACAGAAACCCCUCCUCCUUUAGCUUCACUCAAUGUCAGUAAGCUUGCCAGCAAAGCGCGGAUGGAGAAGGAAGAGAAGCUGAGCCAGGCCUAUGCAAUCAGUGCUGGUGUCUCCCUAGAGGGCCAGCAGCUCUUCCAGACCAUCCACAAGACCGUUAAAGACUGUAAAUGGCAAGAAAAAAACAUUGUAGUUAUGGAAGAAGUUGUUAUUACACCCCCAUAUCAAGUGGAAAACUGCAAAGGCAAAGAGGGGACUGCACUGAGCCAUGUACGCAAAAUAGUUGAAAAGCAUUUUAGAGACGUGGAAAGCCAAAAGAUCCUGCAGUGUUCACAAGCCCAGCAACCACAGACGGAGGCUGCCCUGUCCUGA